GUUGAACUGUAGAAGAUUUUACAAGUUGUCGGAUAAAGGCCAUUAAGUCAGUGUGGAUUGUGUGAGGGAGUGGAAUGGAUCUGAACGCCAGUGCACCUAAUGAGACCUGCGAUGUUUAUAUCUGCAAGGAGACCGCCCAAGUCCUUUUUCCCAUAUUCUACACCCUGAUAUUCCUGUUUAGCAUCAUGGGCAACAGCUUGGUCCUCUAUGUCACCUUCCUCAAACAGCAGAAAUUUAACUCCACCUCCCUGUACCUGGUCAACCUGGCACUUUCCGACACCCUGUUCUCUCUGGCACUGCCGGGCCGGAUCGUCUACUAUAUCCAAGGGUUCGACUGGCCCUUCGGGGACUUCCUGUGCCGGCUGACCACCGUCAUCUUCUACACCAACACCUAUUCUGGCAUCGCCUUCAUGACCUGCAUCAGCCUGGAUCGCUACCUGGCCAUGGUGCACCCACACCGGCUGCUCCGCCUCCGGAAGGUGGAGUCCGUGCGGGUGAUCUGCGCCCUGGUGUGGCUGCUGGUGUCCCUCCAGACCACACCCCUCCUCUUCAGGAGCAUGCUUGGCCGCAGCGGUGGCAGGCGCACCUGCAUGGAGUACUUCCGGCUGGACGGCUCCCCGUCGCUGCCCUACCUGCUCCUCCUGGCCUGCGGUGUCAGUUUCUGCAUCCCUCUGGGGGUCAUCUUGGCCUGCUACACCCAGAUCAACCUCAAGCUGUUCAGGGCGGCCAAGACGAACCCCCUGACGGGCCGCUCUGGGGCUCGGAACCACAGGGCCAACAGCGUCAUCCUGCUGAUCCUGCUCACCUUCGUCCUGUGCUUCAGCCCCUACCACCUCAACAUCAUGCAAUUCAUGGUGCGCAAGCUCAUCCGGGAGCCUGCCUGCGAGGAGCUGAAGGCCUUCAAGAUGUCCCUGCAGGUCACUGUCUCCCUGAUGAACCUCAACUGCUGCCUGGACCCCGUCAUCUACUUCUUCGCCAUCAAGACCUACAAGCAGAGGGUAAUGAGCCUGUUCAAGGGUCGCCUGUCAACAUCCGUGCCGUCCCAAAAAACCACAACUGACAACAGCAGCAGCAACACCUGAUAGGCUUCC